AUGACUAUUACCGUUGGAGUGUUGGCCCUACAAGGCGCAUUCUUUGAACAUAUACAACUACUGAAAAAGGCCACCGAAACAGCCUCACCGUCCGAAUGGCACUUCAUUGAAGUACGGACGCCACAAGAGCUGUCAACAUGCGACGGUCUUGUCUUACCCGGAGGAGAGAGUACUACCAUGUCUUUGGUGGCGGCAAGAUCCAAUCUGCUUGAGCCGUUGCGAGAAUUCGUCAAAGUGGAUCGCAAACCAACGUGGGGUACCUGCGCCGGGCUUAUCUUGCUCGCCGAGUCCGCCAACAAGACCAAGAAGGGUGGACAAGAGUUGAUCGGAGGAUUGGAUGUUCGCGUGAACCGCAAUCACUUUGGCCGACAGACAGAAAGCUUCCAAGGCCCAUUGGAUCUGCCAUUCCUGGGCGCAGACGCACAGCCUUUCCCAUCCGUUUUCAUUCGAGCCCCGAUUGUCGAAAAGAUCCUCCCACACCACGAGGGUGUGCAGACGGAAGAAACCCAGCAGGAGGACGUGAUCGUGGCGCCCUCUCGAAAGGUGCGGGAUUCGGUGGCGCAAGCCGCGACGGCAGAUGAAGUCGAGGUUCUGGCCACAUUAGUCGGACCGGCAGCCCGUUCAGCCACGGAAGGUCAAGACGGAGACCCGGAUAAGGAGGUUGGAGACAUUGUGGCAGUGCGGCAGGGCAAUGUCUUCGGCACCAGCUUCCACCCGGAGCUGACAGGGGACGCCAGAAUCCAUGCCUGGUGGCUUCAACAGGUCCAAGCAGCCGUGCUGAAGCGAAACAAACUGAAGCAAUAG